ACUCGUAGAUUUCGAAAUGAUAUGCCACGAAAAUGUGGGCAAACUUUACAGAAUAUUUCUAGUGAGAAUGGUCAGUCCUUUUCUUUUGGAAGAGUUAUCUCCACACUAACAAUAGUUAUACCGUGUCUUCCAGCAGUGACCCAGUGAUGAAAGAGAGCUCGACUUGAUAAAAUCGACGUCUUUUUGCAACUGGGCCACCCGCAGUACCUGCUCUUGUCACCGAGUCGAAAUAUUUUCGCAAUGGAGGAUUAUAUAAUCAGCCAUGGCAGUAGUGUGUCGCCGCCCUUCAUCAAUGCUGCCACCGCCUACAAAUUGCUGAACGUGCCUACGCUGAUGAGUGAACUGGAGACGGGCCUGCGGAACUUCUCCGCUGGUGAAGCUGGUGGCGUGGUGAUGCCCGUGAGGACAGUCAUACCAGUUGGAGAUGAAUCUGGUGCUUUGGCCGUCAUGCCGGCAUACAGUUGCCAAGAUAGUGGGCUUGCUGUGAAGCUGGUGUCGGUGUUCCCGGGAAAUGCACAGCGAGGUCUGCCAUCACACUCGGCCAUGAUUGUUUUGUUCAAUGCCGCGACUGGUGAAGUGCUGUCUCUUAUCGACGGUGGCGUUAUCACUGCCAUGAGAACCGCAGCCGUGUCUGCUCUGGCCAUCAGGAGGUUUUCUUCCACGCGGUCGGGCAAGGUGGCCAUAAUCGGCUCGGGUGUGCAGGCACGCAGUCACCUGCUAGUUCUGCGUCACGUCUUUGACGUCAAGGAGGUUAGAAUCUACAGCCGCACUAAGGAGAAUGCACAGAAAUUUGCCAGUCAGGUCACAGAGCCGGUGAGCGUGUGUGACACUGUGAAAGAAGCUGUAGAAGAUGCGGAUGUGAUCGUCACUACGACUAUGGCAAAGGAACCCAUUGUGUUUGGUGACUGGGUAAAGAAGGGUGCUGUUGUGGCAGCUGUCGGCGCGUGUCAAGCUCACUUGUCCGAGCUAGACUGCACACUAAUGGAGUCAUCCGCGGUCAUCGUGGAUUCACGCGCUGCCGCCGCCAAAGAAUCUGGUGAUAUUCUCAAGUCGAAGGCGGAGAUCCGUGCCGAACUCGGUGAAGUCCUUGCGACGCCAGCCGGCGAGCCUGGCGUUGUUCAAAGCGGUGAAACGGUUGUCUUCAAGAACCUAGGUUUGGCCAUUGAGGACGUAGUUGCCGCCAAGCAUAUCUAUGAGAAGUACCAAGCGGAGAAGGAAGCCGGUGCGAAGCGCGUCAUGGUCUGCGUCGGCGGAGUCUGCAGGCUAGAGUGACUUGGAAGCUGAGGCGGCAGCUUGCUCUGUACAAAGUUGCUGGCAACCCAUGUACAUGCUGGUGCAAGACCGCUGUGUGCGGCCCUGCUUUAUCAAUUGAAAGUCUAUUGUAUUGGUCUUAGCUCUCUGCGCUCCCUCCCCCCCCCCCCCCCCCCCCUCCCUCCCUCUCUCCAAUGAACCAGCUGAUUGUUCGUAGAGAUGCUGUAUGCUAUUGGUGUCCCUGGCUGCUCUCUGUUUUCUAUGCAAUGUUACGAGUUAUAUGUUAGUUAUCUUAUCAAUUUUUAAAUGUGACAGUGCUGUUGCACACUACACCAAGUCUCUCUCUCUCUCUCCCUUCGCUCCUCUCUCUCUCUCUCCUCUCUCUCUCUCUCUCUCUCUCUCUCUCUCUCUCUCUCUCUCUCUCUCUCUCUCUCUCUCUCUCUCUCUCUCUCUCUCUCUCUCUCCCUCUCUCUCUCUCUCCCUCUCCCUCUCCCUCUCUCUCCCUCUCUCUCUCUCUCUCCCUCUCCCUCUCUCUCCCUCUCUCUCUUUCUCUCUCCCUCUCUCUCUCACUCUCUCUCACUCUCUCUCUCUCUCUCUCUCUCUCUCUCUCUCUCUCUCUCUCUCUCUCUCUCUCUCUCUCUCUCUCUCUCUCUCUGUGCUUUCUGUCUUAUUGAAACGACGUCGACGGUGACACAACAACAACAACGAAAUGCUUUUAUCCUUCAACUCCUUGGAAGUAUUUUUUUAUUGUGGCAAAUUGUUUUCUUAUUACUGGAGUUGCACCCUUCCAGGCUAUUAUUCCCUUGAUCAGCAAUACUUUUCUGAAUGUUCAACGGUAUGGAUGAUUUAACAAGCCCUAUAUGAGCAGGUGUUGGGAUAUUACGCUAUUUAGAAUCUUCAUUUGAAUCAAUCUUCAUUCCUGUCUGUGUAUGCCCUGAUUCUUUGCGAGGUUUGGUUAACAUGA